AUGACAAAGGAGAACGGAUUCCUCCUCCUGUGCGAGCCGCUAUCACAACGGAAGUCAGCCCUCAGGUUUGCUGCCACCUCGGGACCCGGUGUGCUCGCUUUCCUGCUUGCCGGUUGCAAGAGUAACAACGGGAGGCAGAACCGAGAGUCCCGUGCUGGCUGGGGAUCAAGGGGUUGGGAACCUCCACCCUACUCCUGGCCUGACUCAUUCGGAGAACGCAGGGUUGGCUUCCUCAGUGCUGGUGAUGGUGUGCAUAUCCCGCCCAAGUACAGGGAGUUUCCCCAGCUCACCCGACAUCAGGUGAUGCAGGGUGAAUUCUUAAGCUCACUCAUGUGGUUCUGGAUUCUUUGGCACUUUUGGCAUGACUCAGACGCUGUGCUGGGCCACUUCUCAUACCCAGAUCCUUCACAGUGGACAGAUGAAGAACUGGGGAUCCCUCCUGAUGAGGAGGACUGAAGAAGUCUAAACUCAACUCUGUGCAAGAGCAAGGUGAGAAGUUUCAAGAAAUUACAGCCUUCAUAUUUAAAGUUGUAAAUUAAAGUGAUCUACCAAGAAUGAGUAAUCUGA